UGAUUGUUGAAUUAGAAGCACAAGAUCGUAAAGCGCCGCGUUGAAGCAUUCCUUACUCUAUGGUUGAAGGAACAACAAGAGAAUGAUGUGCACAUAAACCAGAGGAAAGAAGCUUUGCUUGCAUCUUAGAGCAAGGUUAGCAUCAAGAUGUCAACUACCGAUCUUACAGACAUGACGGAUAUGAAUGUUUCCAGUUUUGAGGAUUCCAGCUUUGACCAAAGUUUUCAAGAUGAUGAUGGUCCUCUAUCUAGAACCACUUCAAGACAGAACAGUGCAUCCUCUCUCCCUGGUAUUAAUGGAGGUCUUCAGCUGACCGAUGAUGAUGAUGAUACACAAGAUGCAUUUAAGAAUUACAAAGAUAGACGAAGGAAUGCACACACUGCUGCUGAACAGAAGAGAAGAGACGCCAUUAAGAAAGGUUAUGAGGAGUUGCAGAUGAUUGUUCCAACAUGCCAACAGGUUGACAGCGUUGGUUCACAGAAACUCAGUAAAGCCACCAUCCUUCAAAGAUCUAUUGACUAUAUCCAAUAUUUGGUGCAGCAGAAGAAGAAGCAAGAACAGGAAGUGAAGAAUCUAAGGAAGGAGGUCAUGGCACUGGAGAUCAUGAAAAGUAAUUACGAGCAAAUUGUUAAGGCUCAUCAGAAUACACCUGGACAAGGACAAAACCAAGUCUCUGAUCAGAUCAAGUUUAAUGUGUUCCGUGCCAUCAUGGAUUCUCAGUUCCAGUCUUUCAAUGAGUCUAUCUCAGUGGCCAACUUUGCCGAGUUAUCAAAGUGCGUCUUCAGCUGGCUGGAGGAGUAUUGCAAACCCCAGACAUUACGAGAGCUUGUCUUCACAGUGUUGCGCAAACUUCAUCAGAACCAGGCCCUAUGAGCAAGAAGUCCACUGGACAUUUUUAUCAAUGAAGUAUUUCAUUUAAUGAGGGUUAAGGCAAACCUGAAAGUUUGCUGAGACUAAGAAAUAAUAACCUUUGAUGAAAAUCUUUUUGCACAAUGUUUAUAGUUACCACUAUUUCAUGAAAAAACUUUUAAUAUUUAACCAGACAAAGAUGAAAUAAUGGUUAUAAUUACUGAGAAGUAAUUCUGCAGGGAAUUCGUUGGGAAAGCAAUCGCAAAGUUCAUAAAAAAAAACAUAUUAAUAUCAGAGAAAAAUAAUGUAAUAACUGCCUGGCUUUUUUUUCUUUUUCUUAAAAAUGUAAAUAAAAAUACUAACAUUUACUGAUUUUUUUUCCGACUAAUUUGGGAAACUGUCACCAUGCGUUUUGCCCUGAUAAUAUCAUUUACAAAAAUAGCAGAAGUUAAAGAGAUUGUGUUAUAUUAAAUUCUGCAAUGAGAAAGGGACACAUAACUCCCACAGAUAAAGAUAAUUGUUUUCCUUA